AUGGAAGAAACUGUGUGCAUGUGUUUCAAGGAUUUGAAGUGUAGAGGAUGCCAAGUCAAGGUCUGUGAUCGCUGCCUCAAGAAAAGAUAUAUAGACGUAGACCCUCCGCAAAUGACAGAAGAGGAGGCUGCUUCAGAUGACUGGAAGUGUCCGAAAUGCUCAGGGAACUGCAACUGCAGCGCAUGCAGGAAGCAAGCGGGUUUACUACCUCUUGGUCGACUUGUGCCCAACUCAGAAAAGCCUUCAGAGGAGGAGCCUGCGGAAGGGUCUGAGCCAAAGGGAGAAGAAGACAAACAAAGUGGAGAUGUGGCGGCAAAGGGAAAGUGGAUGGCAAACGCUCCCAGGGAACCCCGCAGAGCGAAGGAUGUACGAGAUGCCCUACAGUUCAUAGAGUUCUGUGUGGCCUUUGAAGAGGUUUUGGGAUUCAGCAAAGCACAAGCUGAAUCUCUUUUCAGAGACCUAAUGCUUCAACAGUACUCCUCCGUAUUCCAUUUCCAGGCAACUCUCUUAUCUUUACAGAAGGUGGAAAUCGAACUUGAACUCAGGCCUUUGAAGGAUUUGAACGAAGACACCUGGUUCGAAUAUAUGAGGUGCUACUUCUCAGAGUCUCAAAUCCUACUGAAGGAACUGCCCUCAGAUUUCUUUAGUAGAGGAGUUGAGGGCUACAAGUCUUUGGACUUCUCCCAGAAGCUGAGAGUCCUAAAUUUCCUUUGUGAUGAGGCUCUUGUCACUGAUAAUCUGAGCAACUUCAUAAAAGGGAAAGGAGAAAUGUUCAAUCAAAGAAAGAGCGAAGCAAAACAAAUGGUUUCUGCUGCAAAGGCUAAGGAGAUAAGCCUCAAGGAGCAGUUGAGAACUGAGGUGGCCAAGGCUAAAGAGUGA